GUUUAGCAUUUCAUAAGCAAUCUGUACGGGAAGGCUGAAACAUGUCGUGGAACGUUUUGCGCUGCAUUUUUGUUGGCCUGCUGAUCUUCUCGGUGGAUGCAUCGUUUUAUGGUCAAGAGCAAACCCAAGAACAACAACAACAACAACAACAGCACGUUUCCUUCGAUGGCAGCAGUGAGGAUCUUGGCCAACAGAAGCUGAUUGAACAGGAUAAUGACAAAGAUGCACUCGACAAUUCGGUUUUCGGAGUUUUGAACGCAUUGCUUACCCAAGUGCAAGAAAUCAACCGAAGAGGUCAAAAAGUUGAGCUAUCCAAACUGGACGUAUGCCAAUCCCGAGAAGGAAAGGAAAAGCUUGUAGUUCAGUCCGACGCUUACAAACAUCUGUUGAACAUCACGGAGACCCUGAUUGAGGAAGUCCAGCAAAUAAAGAGAGGUCAGGGGGAAGGAUGCAACCGGAAAUGCAGGACUUUGCAGCAGCAGGAGCCGACCAGUGAUCUGGUCAAACAAGUUGAUUGCUUGAGACGCGGGGCCAACCUAGAAAUGAAAAGAUUAGUCUCGGGGACCUACUACUUCGACAAAACCACCAAAAUGAACUUUUACGAAGUCGAGAAUUUCUGUCAACAACACGGCCUCCAGCUGGCUACGGUUGACACCCUCGGCAAGGCGAAAGAGGUGUUCUCCGCUGGGACGGUUCCAAGUCAGGGCUACUGGGUGGCCGCCAACGAUAUCAACCAGUCGUCGGGAGACUACCGCUGGACCAUCAACGGAAAGAAAAUCCACCCUGAAAUGUGGUACAAUACUGCUCCUUACUUCAGCCCCACCCGAUUCAGGGUGGGACAGGAAACAUGCAUCGUUCUUUGGGGAAACCUCCUCUGGGACUUUCCGUGUGCGGUCAAAGACCGCUAUGUCUUGUGCGAAAUGCCCAAGGACUGCCACGAAAUCUUGAAAUUCGCUUAGUCUUUUGAGGUUUGAAAACAUGCUUGUAGAUUCCCAACUGCGAGGGAUAGCAAUAACCUUUUUGUUUGUUCUACUCACGGGGAAAUCCUUGUUUCCAAUGCAUAAACUAAUCCAUAAAUAUGAUACAGUUAAACAUAUAAGCGGCAUUUGAAUUUUUGAGAAAUUUUUUUAAAGCAAAUAUGCAAGGUCAUUUUUUUAAUUAUUGCACGCAUGGUAAAACAGAUAAUCAAAUCUAAAAAUUUUACCAAGUGUUUACUGAAGGCAAAAUAUUAUAUAUUAAUUUUCAACUGUUGACCUGUAUCAAUCUACUUUGAAUAAAAAACUUCCCGCUUGGCUAAUAA